CAGAGCGCAGGGACUCAGAGCGAGACAGCAAGCGGAGCUCGGCAGGGACAGAGCGAGCGAGAGAAAGAGGGCGAGAGAGAGAGAGAGAGAGAGGCAGGGCGAAGCGAGGAGAGACGCGCGAGGCCGACCCGUCCCGGAGCGGACACGGGGUGCAGGUCACUGCGGCUCGGAGCCACGUCCCUUUAGCACCGCUCAGCCUGGAACCCCACGGGCACUGUCCCGCCGGCGCGAUCAGGGCUGCUGGACCGGCGCUCGCUGCCUUGUCCUAAGUCAAGUGUCCGUGUCGCCGGGAAACUCAGGCGGCGAGUUGGCCACAGGAAGUUUAUUCUCGGGCUCCUUUUCUAAAAGGAGGAAACAGAAGUUUCUCCCAACCGGCAGCUUUUCUUUUUCUCCUUUUUGGCGCCCUGUGAGAUUGGGAAGAGAGUCCCCCAGAGCUGCCAAGCGACACCCGCUGGGCUCCUAGUCUUUUUGCGUUGCCCAUUUUUCUCCAGCCCGUGGGUCCCGGCUGAGCUCCGGCUGCGCGCGGGGGCGGAAGGGCGCGCGCAGGGGAGGGACCGAGGGACGCGCCGACUUUUUAGAGGGAGGGACCCGGUGGACAACCGGUUCCGCGGAGCUUGCAGAGCAGAAACGAAGUGCGGUGCGCGGCGAUCGGGGGUCACUUCCCGAGUGUCGCCGCCUCCCUGUCUGCCUCGGUUGGGAGACAGCCCCGGAACGAAGAGCCCAGUCCACCGCGGGGCCAGUGGACCAGCGAGCGCGCAGCAGACUGUGCGCGGCCGCGGCGAGGGCGGGGAAGAAAACCACCCUGUUUCCUCACCGGCCCCCACCGCGGAUCAUGUACCAGGAUUAUCCCGGGAACUUUGACACCUCGUCCCGGGGCAGCAGCGGCUCUCCUGCGCACGCCGAGUCCUACUCCAGUGGUGGCGGCGGUCAGCAGAAGUUCCGGGUAGAUAUGCCUGGCUCGGGCAGCGCCUUCAUCCCCACCAUCAACGCCAUCACCACCAGUCAGGACCUGCAGUGGAUGGUCCAGCCCACAGUGAUUACCUCCAUGUCCAACCCUUAUCCACGCUCACACCCCUACAGCCCCCUGCCAGGCCUGGCUUCAGUCCCUGGGCACAUGGCUCUCCCCAGACCCGGCGUGAUCAAGACCAUUGGUACCACUGUGGGCCGCAGAAGGAGAGAUGAGCAGCUGUCUCCUGAAGAAGAGGAGAAACGUCGAAUCCGGCGGGAGAGGAACAAGCUAGCUGCAGCCAAGUGUCGGAACCGUCGCCGGGAGCUGACAGAGAAGCUGCAAGCGGAGACAGAGGAGCUGGAGGAGGAGAAGUCUGGUCUGCAGAAAGAGAUUGCUGAGCUACAGAAGGAGAAGGAAAAGCUGGAGUUCAUGUUGGUGGCCCACGGCCCCGUGUGCAAAAUCAGCCCCGAGGAGCGCCGGUCGCCCCCGACCUCCGGGCUGCAGCCCAUGCGUGGUGCGGGCGCCGUGGUGGUGAAGCAGGAACCGCUCGAAGAGGACAGCCCCUCUUCCUCAGUGGUAGGGAUGGACAAGACCCAGCGCUCUGUCAUCAAGCCCAUCAGCAUUGCUGGGGGUGGUUUCUAUGGGGAAGAGCCUCUGCACACCCCCAUCGUGGUGACCUCCACACCUGCCAUCACUCCAGGCACUUCCAACCUUGUCUUCACCUACCCCAGUGUCCUGGAACAGGAGUCACCUGCGUCACCCUCGGAGUCCUGCUCCAAGGCUCACCGCAGAAGCAGUAGCAGUGGGGACCAGUCCUCAGACUCCUUGAACUCCCCCACACUGCUGGCCCUGUAACCCUGUGCUUCUCUGGCCAGCUCUGGAGGAGUCGUCAUCAUUGUCACCUUUCCCGGGGACCAGUACCUUUAAGCGCUCCAGGGUCAUGAGGGCAAUAGGGGGACCUUGGCUCUGGGGACCCAAUGGGACUUAGUGGUGAGGCACUGGUUGAUCUCGUAGAAGCCCUGGGACCCCCCCUUCCCCCCAUUCAUCUUGCAAGCAAAUCCUCUUUCUUGAGAAGCUGAGGAGAACUUGGUUUGGUGGACUCCGACAUCUCUCCUGCUUCUGAAGCACCCGGAGCUGGCCCGGAUGGUUCCUGUCCCUUUGUUAUGCUGUUGUCUCUGGAGUGAUGGUGUCCUUUCCUGCCCCACCAAGCAUGCUCAGUGCCUUUCGGUUUCCCCUCCUUCCCCCCCACAGUAUCAGUUCCAUUCCCUCUGGGUUUUUAUGAGAUUUGCCAUGACAUUUCAUCUGGGUGGUCUGGAUAUUAAAGCGCUUUUAUUUCUGGAGCUGGGGGAGCAGGUGACUCUUCCGCUGGGGCGGACAUGUCCCGAAGGGACAGUCAAAGUGCAAUAUUAUUGAACCUUCCCUCCCCACACACCCCAGCGCACUGCCGGCUCAGACCACCAGCGGGCUCCCUGAGUUCUACAGGUGCGGCGGUCAACACCGGUCUACACCAAGGACCUUUCCUCCCCAGCCUUGGAGAGAGAUGUCCGCCUCUUGGAGGAUCGGCUUGGCCAGAAGACAGGGUGUAAGUGCCAACAACCAGGACACAGGUUGGGUUUGCCAAACGCCUAAUUACCAAGCCAGGAUCAGUGCCAACAAAGCCACGGGGCUGUCCUAGUGAGCUUCCCUUACCUGACGUCUUCAGCAGAGCGUCUCCUGUGAUUACUGCCUCGCCAUUCUGCGCUGGACCCUUCUCUCCAGACCAAGGAGGUACCCCUUCCUCGGAACCACACACCACUCCGGAGCCCGGCUGGGUCCUGCCCUUCCCCAGCUCUCAGGGUGACGCCACCCAUAGCUAUUGAAUGAGUGUGGGCCUUGACCCUCCCCCAAUUUUGACCUAAUGGUUUCUCUUCCAACCCCAGGUAGACUAGCUGGGGUGAUGUGUGGGGCUGUGGUAAUGUCUGCAGCAGCAGCCCCCAGGUCCCAAGCCUUUCCUGGCUGUUCUUCUAUCAGCGAGGUGUGGGAAUACCCCCUCCCCUGCUCUCACUGGUCCCUGCCAUUGAUGAAUUAAUGCUUUUCCUUUGAUACUUCCGUGGCCCACUCCAGAGUGACCUCCUGACCCGGUAGGCCAGUUGGGAGUCACUGGUUUGAGCCAGUCUUGCUAGGGCUUGGGGUGUCUCUGCCGAUUCUAGCAAAGCUAGCAUGUGUUGCUUCUCAUGGCUGUCCUGGCCUCCAGCAAAGGCAUACUCCUGCCCCCGCAUCCCAUCGCUGUCUCCCUACUGCAUGCUCACACAGGUAUGGGAAGUGGAGUCCGGUUAGAACUGGUCUCUAGCGCUAAUGCUCUGACCUAGUGUUUCCACUCUAAAGAUCCCAUCUAAAGCCAUGUUACUUGAACCAAGCCCAGUGGUGAAAAAUCUGAGUUUUGAGAGGACAGGGUCAACUUCACAGACCUUCACAGACAUAGGCCUUUCUCAACCCGAGUUCACAUGUGCUGGCCGUGAUUUGAUCCCAUGACCUACUGACAUGCAUGCAGAACACACAGGAUCCAGGAGCCAUGUGGGGAGCCUGCACAGGCCAGCAUAACUGAAAGAGACGGGGGCAGGGGUUGGCUGGGUAGAGAGGGGGAUGAGAUUAAUUUCCAGAUGCUCUCUCCGGUAUGUCCUGGCUCUAACUCUGCCAGUCUGGUCUCCCAGAGCUGCAGAGAGGGCUGCUCCUGAGGAGACGGAGCAGGUGGCUUCCUGACCUUAGACUCCUCCUAGAAACAGGAGAUGGCCAGGAGUAGCAAGAGUUGGGUAAAUACCCGGGGGUGACCUCAGUUGGGAAACAUUUAUCAUCUCACGCCAAGCGGGAGCACUCUCCCUCCUUGUGCCCAUGGGCGCUUCUGAAGCAAACCUGCUCUCAUUCUCUUAUUUCCCAAAGCCUCUUUCUGCUCCAUCUGCAUAGUAUGGAUCUCAACGCUGGUCACAGGCCCCGUGACUUAAUGCCCCAGUUGGACACUCCCGAGACACCCCCUCCCCCCGAGUCUGGCUUUCAUUUCAGAUUUCGAGCUGUGUUGGCGUCAGUACCAGAAGGCACAGCCAACUAACCUGGGCCUCAGACCUCUGAGGCAUUUCCCCUUCUGACCUGCUUGCUCCAUCCUACAGACUUCAUGGCUUUCCAAAGGCAGAUUUCUGGGGGGGAUAGCUGGAAGUUCACACCCAGACUGUGGGUGGAACCUCAGUUGGCUUCCUUCUGGCUCGCUGUCAAGUCCCUUCCCAUGCAUGUCACUCACACAUACGCCUGUGCUCUGGAGUCAGGCGCCUCCAGUUCAGGGAGCAGGGCUCGGGGAAGGGUGCUUUGUGCUCAGACAAGGUGUCCCAUCUCCUCAUGUGUAUCCUCAGCUGACGUGAACUUGGGCUGGACUGUGAGCAGCUCUGGGUUGGCAUAGGGCAGGCACUCCUUAAUCAGCUAGCAUGAAACACAGACCUCAUGGCCACCCAGCCUCUGCGGGAACAGCCCUCCCUCCAGCUGGCUCUCUAGGGACAGCCCUGGCACAGGAAAGAGAGUAGCCCCAGUGAGGGGAGCCAAUAGCAAGCAACUGGUUUCCUUGGGGGAGGAUUUCCCGGAUGCUGCUGUCAGAGCUAACAGUUGACCAGAGCUGGCGCUUCCUUGGGCUUGGGGGAGAGAGAACCCGUGUCUGAUUCACCUGUCUCCGAGUGUGGAAGAGGGACAGGCUGUGUGAAGCAUCCAGAUUCGUUUCUCCCAGUUUUCCCGAGAGAGCACAAGUGUUCCUUGAGGUGUCACCGUUUAUCUUCCACAAUGGCAGGUAUUCAUGUGGCCUCUUGAGGGAGGAAAGGAAUGAGCACCCACUGUGGGCCAGGCACUACGAGGCCUUUUAUAUUUAUCCUCUUUUAAGAUGGAACUAAGGGUCCGUCUCCUUCUAGUAGUCCCAAGUAAUGGCUAAACAGAAACACUUGGAGAUGAGGGGGUUUUCUUCAAAGACCUCAGGUGGGAGUUGCCUUUAGUAUGGUGGUUCUCAGAUACUCGUCCCCCCAGCCCCCAGCAGCAUCUGCCCACCCCAGGUUCCUCCCCUACGUCAGGCGCCUCCAACCUGGCCUUUGCUCCUCUGGUGACUGAAGGGGCAACCUGAGUUCUCAUAGAAUUUGUGGACCAAUAGGCUAUGUAGUGCGUAUGCCUUUCUUCUUUAAGCGUAAGUAAAGGGGUCUUGCGCAUUCUGCUUGAGUCAUCCUGGCAUCCAUCUUUAAGCCAGCAUCUCACUAUUUAUUGACUGGGGCAGGGCGCCUGUGUACGUGUGUGUGUGUGUGUGUGUGUGUGCUUGUAUACUCCUGCAGCGUUGUUGUUGUUUUUUAAAGAAGGAAAGCAAGUGUCCCAUUGCUAAGUUGGUGUCUUCUCAUGCUUCUAGUGUUUUGGCCUGACCACGCCUCACCAAAUAAAUGUUGGUCAUUGUCCAGUGCUGACGACAUGUUCAGGAAGAGCUGGGUCAAAUUUUCACAGAGGGUAUGGGAAGGGAAAGGGGAGAAGAAAUUGACAUUUAUUUUAUUAUUUAUUUUAAAUGUUUACAUCUUCUUUGUGUUGUUCUAAGCCUGAAUAGAAACAGAUAGCAUUAAAGUACUCAGCCCCCCCCCCCACCACCACUCCUUUUUUCUAACUUAGGAUAAUGAUGCUUUAUUAUGUUUGUUUGUUUCUAAAGUGACUUGUGGACUUGUGCUGUAUAAACUGUAUUCCAAGGUUCUGUUUUUAAAGAUUGAUUGUCAUUCCUCUGGGGACAGCGGCUGCUAAGAUAUCUUAACUACAUUGUACGAGAACACAAUGAAAGACCCUGGCCCUGUCUCUCAAAACUUAAACUUUCUCUGUAUGAUUAAAAAAAUAUUCCAUUUAUUUUACUUCGUGAUUACUUGAUUUUGAGGGAGAAAAUAUUCAACUGUAUAAAGACUAGGUAUCAGGGUUCCUUUUGCAGUGGGAGGUGUAUAUAUCAUAUUUUGGUAUGUAGUGGAAACUCAAGCUCUGUGUAUCUGUAUUUGGGAUAUGUCGAUGACGUGAAGUGAAGUCUGCUAUUCGACCCUGGAGGCAAAUGAGUUGUACAAGGUUUUAUGGCUCCGUGGGGAAUUCUAAUGACCUUUCUGGGCACUUUUUGUCCCCUAUUUUUAAAGUAAUGGUGAAAUGGCCCUAUUGGAGGGCCCUCUCUAGUCAAACUCUCCAGGCAGGACUGUAUGCUCAAAAAUCUUUGUAUAGUUUUCAAAAUUGAGGAGUAUCCCUGCUCGGAAGCAUCUCUGGUGGUGCGUGUUGUGUUGUUCUGUGUGCUGUACGUGACACAAGCCUACAGUAUUUGCACUAAGAAAAGCUUGUCGGGAGAAGCUUGCUGCUAUGGAGGAAAGAACAUAUUAAAACUUAUUUUCCCUUGGGGUUUAUUUUUGUUUUAUGUUCUCGUUGUUGUUGUUAGCUUUCCCACUUUCCAUUGAGUAGCAUUUUGUAGAAUAAAAUGAAUUAAGAUCAAA